AGAAGCUGAGGAGAGCUGCUGCUGCUGCUGCUGCUGCUGAGCUGCACAACACAGCCGCUGCUCAUGGACCAGCUUUGGCUUCAGUGAUGGACUGAGCUGCAGGUGAACAAAAAGGGAUCCAGCUUCACCCAAUCUCUCACACUUUUGACUGAAAGGCUUGCAUGGACACACAGCAGCGCAAAGGUGGGAAUUCUGGCCACCAAUGAUUGAAAUACGAGGCUUUCUCAAAGAGGACAACGCUGGCCUUUAUCUGGAAACUGUCUCUCAGGUCUGCACAAAACUGACUCUACCUUUGUCCCCAAGAGAGAAGAGGAAAGUUCAACUGGAAACUCAGCUUUAAAAAAAAAAAGCUCCUGGAAACCCGCAGGAUUCGGUUUGCAGCCACAGAUGUGACUAAGCUGUGUAGAUUUCAUCACCAGGAGGUCCCAUUUUGUAGGCUGCAUGGACACAUCUUCAAAGACGUGGCUGCCGCAUCAGAGUCAGUUUGGGUUGGUGGGUCAAGCGGAGGUCUGCUGUGGCGGACCUGGAGUUUUAACCCCAAACCAAUCUCGCAGGGCAAGUUUUGCCUCUGUAAGACAGUCAAGCAUGGAGACCCCUCCAAAUGCCACCCCGCAGCCCUUCAGACAGCCGAGUUUUCUCAAUCGAAGGUUAAAGGGUUCCAUCAAGAGGGCCAAAAGUCAGCCCAAACUGGACCGGACCAGCAGCUUCAGACAAAUGAUUUUGCCCCGAUUCCGUAGUGCCGACCAAGAGAGGACUCGCUUGAUGCAAAGCUUCAAAGAAUCCCACUCCCAUGAAUCCCUACUGUCCCCCAGCAGUGCCGCGGAAGCUUUGGACCUGGUUUUGGAUGAAGAUGCCAUAAUCAAACCUGUCCACUCUAGUAUUUUAGGACAAGAGUACUGCUUUGAGGUGACGACCAAUUCAGGGACAAAAUGUUUUGCCUGCCGCUCAGCUUCAGAAAGAGACAAGUGGAUUGAGAAUCUUCAACGAGCUGUUAAACCCAACAAGGACAACAGCAGAAGGGUGGACAAUGUACUCAAGUUGUGGAUCAUUGAAGCUCGAGACCUCCCGGCUAAGAAACGCUACUAUUGUGAGCUGUGUCUGGAUGACAUGUUGUACGCACGCACCACCAGCAAACCCCGGACCGACACCGUCUUCUGGGGCGAGCAUUUUGAAUUUAACAAUUUACCAACCAUUCGUAGCCUUCGCUUGCACCUCUACAAGGAAACAGACAAAAAGAGACGCAAGGAAAAAAGCACAUACAUAGGCCUGGUCAGCAUCCCCAUCUCCAGCAUCACGGGUCGGCAGUUUGUGGAGCAGUGGUACCCAGUGAUACAGUCCAGUGUUUUGGCCAAAGGAGGUGGUGUUGGAAGCGCCAAAGUCAUCAAUGCCUCGCUGCGUAUUAAGUCUCGCUACCAGACAAUGAACAUCCUGCCAAUGGAGCUGUACAAGGAGUUUGCCGAGUACAUAACCAACAACUACCGAACACUGUGUGCUGUUCUGGAGCCGCUGUUGAGUGUGAAAAGCAAAGAGGAGGUGGCGUUUGCUUUGGUGCACAUCCUUCAAAGCACGGGGAAAACAAAGGAGUUCCUAUCUGACAUGGCGAUGUGCGAAGUGGAUCGAUUCAUGGAUCGUGAGCACUUGAUCUUCCGGGAGAACACGCUCGCGACUAAGGCCGUGGAAGAGUAUCUCAAACUGAUUGGUCACAGAUACCUCAAGGAUGCUAUAGGUGACUUCAUUCGAGCCUUAUACGAGUCUGAGGAGAACUGUGAGGUCGACCCAAUGCGCAUCCCGCCUUCAGUUCUAGCCGACCACCAAGCCAACCUUCGCAUGUGCUGCGAGCUCUUACUCUGCAAAAUCAUCAACUCACUCUGCAUAUUUCCCCGGGAGCUGAAGGAAGUUUUCGCCUCAUGGAGAGCCAGAUGUGCUGAGCGCGGAAGAGAGGAUCUGGCUGACAGCCUCAUCAGCUCCUCCCUGUUCCUCCGCUUCAUGUGCCCAGCCAUCAUGUCGCCCUCCCUGUUCAACCUGAUGCAGGAGUAUCCCGCUGAACGCACGUCCCGCACACUCACGCUCAUAGCCAAGGUGAUGCAGAACCUGGCCAGCUUCAGCAAAUUCGGACCCAAGGAGGAAUACAUGUAUUUCAUGAAUGAAUUCCUGGAAAUGGAGUGGGGAUCCAUGCAGCAGUUUCUUUAUGAGAUUUCCAACAUGGACACGGGAGGGAAUGCUGGAGGGUUUGAGGGCUACAUCGACCUCGGCAGAGAGUUGUCCAUGCUCCACAGCUUACUGUGGGAAGUCAUGGGCCAGCUCAGCAAGGAUGCUAUUCUCAAACUGGGACCUUUACCACGGUUGCUGAAUGACAUCAGUGUCGCCCUGAGGAACCCGCAGCUUCACAUGCCCACAAAUCACCAGCCAGAGCGACCCAAGGACCGACUCUUCUCACGACCAUCUUUCAAUCGUCUCAUGUCCUCUGACUUCCAAAGCCUUAUGAUGCGAGACUUAAACAGUUCAAUCGACAUCUCUCGCCUGCCGUCACCUACGACUGGAGUAUCAGCGGUAGAAUCCCUCUCAUCGAAUCUGAACAUGAGGCGCCACGCAGAACGAGACCUCCGCUCGUCAAGGGAAGUUUUCUACGUGACCCGUCCGCCACUAGCUCGAUCCAGUCCGGCGUACUGCACAAGCAGCUCGGACAUUACUGAACCUGACCCAAAGGUCCACAGUGUGAACAAAAGCGUCUCUAUGAUGGAUCUUCAGGACUCGCGUAUGAACAGCAUUUCCAAUCUGAACUCAGUGGGCGACAUGCUCACCUCCUCUCAAGCCUCCAUCGCCGGCCUCGGCCACAGCUUCGGGAACCUCGGCGGUCCUCAUCGUAUGGGAGGACAUAUGCCGACGGGCCCAGCGGGCUCAGGCUUGAGGCUGAGCCAGAUGGGCCACAUCGGGGGACCCACAGAAUCCAUCUCCCAACAGCAACAGCAGGCAGCAGCGGCCAUGCAUUUCCCUCUGUCUUUCCAGAACCCGCUAUUCCAUCUGGCUGCCCAGAACUCCCCAGCUCAGUCUCAGGCUCCCCCUCCUCCUCUCCUCCUCGCCCCGGAGCCUGAGAAUGGCCACCAUGAUUAUUCGCCGGCCUUUGGCAACAGCGCUUUCUCCCGCAGUGAGGACUUGUCCGCCCUGCGGUCACAGAACAGUCUGGUGCAGCCCAGCAUUGUCCACUCACACAGCUACAGCGACGAUUUCACCCGGCAGAAUCAGAGCAACGACUACGCCUGGCACCAGCUGUCACUGCAGGUGCAGGAGUCUCUGCAGCAGCAGCACAUGAUGGGAAUGGCAUCACAAACAGCCACAGGGACGGGCACCCCCGCCUCUUUGGCCACGCCUCCCACCACAGUUCAUCCUGUCCGCCACUCAUCCAUGGCCCCGCCACAGCACUUGAAGUCCCAGCGGUCCAUUAACACCCCAGCUACUGCCACCCCGCCGAAGGCUCGCCCACAGAGCAGGAACCUCCUCCUCAACUCUUCUGACACAAAUUUCAGUGGCAGUCAGCCAAAACCCCGCCAAACUCAGCAGCUGGCACAACAACAGCAGCAGCAGCAGCAUCAACAACAGCAGCAGCAGACAGACAGUCCAGCUCCUGGUCUUCCGUACCAGACGAGCUCUGCCAAAGAGAACCAGGCCCCGUCGGCAGCUGCGGAGGAGUCGACGGACACCCCAACGAAAAGCUCCAAGAAGUCUCAGCAGUCACAGCUGCAGCCUCCGCAGCAGCAUCUGCUCAAGCCAGUUGUCAGUAAGCAGGGUUCUCAGUCGACUUUGAACACCCCGGCCCUCAAUGAGCGGGCAGUCGCCUGGAUGUCCAACAUGCCACAUCUCUCUGCUGACAUCGAGAGCCUGCGGCCGGACCGUGAGGGUCAGCUGAAGGAGUACUCCAAGAGCAUGGAUGAGUCACGAUUAGAGAGGGUGAGGGAAUACGAAGAAGAGAUCCACUCGCUGAAGGAGCGCCUGAAGAUGUCUCACCGCAAGCUUGAAGAGUACGAGCAGAGACUGCAGUCGCAGGAGCAGCAGACGAGCAAGAUCCUGCAGCAGUACCAGUGCCGCCUGGACGACAGCGAGCGCCGCCUCAAACAGCAGCAAGUAGAGAAGGACUCGCAAAUCAAAGGCAUCAUCAACAGACUCAUGGCUGUGGAAGAUGAGCUGAGAGGGGGUGCCAUUCCUGAUAUUAAGCCUCGAAUCCUCACAGACCAGGGCUAUGGGGGCCACCCAGGAUCCUGACUGCGAUUUCCAAAGUGACCAGAGUUCGUGAUGGUCAUGUGACUCAGAUCCCCAACAACAACAACAACAACAACAAAAACAAACAAAACAAAAAGACCCCACAAAGACGAGGCUCUGCAGUGGAUCCAGCAGGACACCAGGAGGCUUCAUCUCACUACAUCCUUAAAAAAAACUUUUGCACAUAUUCAGACUUUGCCUGUACCAGAACACGACAAUCAGUUUAGCGUGCAGACCGAUGUGUGAGGUGAAUGUUCCGCACAAGUUUGACUGAAAUAUAAGCCAAUGCCACAAUUACGGCAAUAUCGACCCCAGUUUUCUUUUCUUUUUGUUUCUUGAUUUGAUCAAAUGGGGUCCGAAUACACGUGUGAGCAUAAAUCUUUGAUUCUUUUUUCCCUGCUACACGCAGGCAGCACACUCGCCUCUAACUGUAGUGGCUGCACACAGAAUGUAGACCAGGCUUUGACAAGCACAAUAUCUCCCUUCACGGUGUGACGAGCGGCACGUUUUUAAACGACCGCACGUCUCUACGAACCCUCAGAUGCAAAGACCGACUGUAUAUGAUACGAUUCGAUUGAGAUAAACGCUGCAAACACAUCCUCCCCCCCCACCGUCGCUGAGGUGCUCGUCGUGACUUUCAAACGUCUUUCGCAUUCUUUACACAACAGCCAUCCUACCUGAAUAGAUGCCAAAACGACUCCUACAAUCAACGUGUAACUGCUUUAAAUACAAUCUAAAUCCUCUCGUAGGCCACAGUGUCAAACCAGGUCCGCAAAAUUCUGUAAUCCUUUCACUUUGUAGACGAAAUGUUACCGAAAAAGCUACUAUUUUUUUAUGAAUAAUGAAAUCUGAGAUGAAAUUGUUCGCCUUUUAAUAAUAAUAAUAAUAAUAAUAAUAAUGAUAAUAGUGAUGAUCACAAAUGCAAAAUGCUUCAUAAACAAUAUAAUCAAGGAGAAUAAUGUGAAAACGUUCAUAGUUUUUAUCUAUUUUAAGUGAUUGAAAAGCGUCAUUGGAAAUGUGAUGUGUAUUUGAAUAUCCAUCAAUCCACAGGGUUUUUACUAUUAAUUAUCUUGAUUCAUGGAUCAAUAGUCACAGAACGUUGCUUUAAAACCAGAAUGAACUAACAAAGCCUCAAAAAAAAAAAAAAACAUAAAUUCAACCUGAAAAAGUGAUCAAAUCCAAACCCUUUGCCUCUUAAACUCUCCACAUUUGGCUUUUCCGUUCUUCACAUUUGUGUUAUUUUUUUACAGCACCGGUUUAUGGAAGUGCUCUAUAGUUAUAGCAUCUUAAUAUUGAUGGUUCUAAACACGGCGCGCGACUGGAGAACACAUUAUAAUCAAAGUAGUGACUUACUCUCAUCUGUUGUGUUAGUUUCUCGGUGUGCAACAGCUCUGCAUGUGCUUCUUUUCAAACCGCGAGGACGACUUCAGUCCGCCGCCACAUAUUCUUGUGUACAAAAAUAAUUUGACGUGGCUUUCUUAUCGGAAAGGCAUCUGCCGUUUCUUUUCUCUUUGUUUUUUUAAAUCCAACUUGCUGACUCUUCCGUUUCUUUUCUCAGAAGAGGGCGGCACACACACACACACAUAUAUAUAUAUAUACUCAGCCUUUUGCAUUAUACAACAUGACCGGAAUCAGACGAACAAAGAAAAGAGACGAGACGGUGAAAACAGUAAAGAGUUUCCUCACAGGGACAUGUAGUAUAUGUGCAUAUAGGACUUGACUGCCUUACAGUCUGUGCCACAAGGCCCUGAAAUAACAAUGCCGACACAAACUUGUAAACUUUGUAUAUUAAACGUCCCCUUUUUUUGUAGUCAGGUGAUGAAUUAAUAAGCAGUGUGUUGGUUAACUCUGUAUGUUCGUCAUGACCAUUUAUAUAAGGAAAUUCCAUGGUUGAUAUCAUUUAUCUUAACCUCCUGCCUUUAAGACGACGUUUUCUUUCACGAUAGAUAUAAAUGAUACAGGAUUAAUUCUAUGUUUAUGUUACCAGAAGUGUAUAAAAUAGCUCACUGUAUAUCUAUUCUUCUAUGUAAAGUGUAUUCAAAUCAAGGGUAGGCCUUUUGGGCAUGUUUGAAGUGCGUGUGCUAAACACCGAUUCUUAUAUAUAUAUACAUAUACAUAUAUAUAUUCUAAUCUCUUAAUGCUGCAAUCCAGAGACUACAGUGCCAGGAUGUGACUGCGUUCAUGGAGUGAGAGUUUGAAUCAUUUCCCACACUUCUGUUCUAGAUGAAAUUACACCCAGACGAAUUCUUUAAACAUCUCGCAUGUGUUGUGAAGCCAAAACAGCAAUGGUGCUUUUAAACAAUACUGGAUUGCAGUUUUAAGUUUGAAAUCUUCUUUUUGAAAUAACAUGUCCUUUAUUUAUUUUCCGGCCUGCAUUGCAAUACAGUAUUUUGAGAUGUUACGAAAGCACUACUGUUUUCUUUUUAUGAGAAACUGCAAUCCAUAAAGUGAGAAAAAUGUUG